GUGGGAGAAACAAAAACUAGGGCACAAAAUUAGAACAGCACGAAAUAGCUGCAUCUCCCGGUGGGCCCCAAUUUUCUCCUUUUUUAGAAUAGUUCACCCUUUGGGUGACGGACGGCGGGGGGCGUCGAUUGGGGCUCCAAAAGACGGGGAAGUUUCUCCGGGCGUGUCGGAACAAGCAGUCGGUGGGAGAUCUCGACGUCGUCGUGGAGAUGAAGAAGGCCGGGGCCUACGCCGCAUCCCUCGCGGCCGCCUCUUCGGCCGCUCUCACCGCCCUCAACAACUCCGAUCACGGCGCCUCCAGCUCCCCUUCCUCCGUCAAAGAGGGAUCGGGAUCGGGAUCGGGAUCGUCGAUUGAUAAGGACGCCACGGGAUCGGUGGUGGAAGACAAAUUCGCGCCGAGAUUCGACGGGCUCAGGUUCAUCGAGACGCUGGUGACGGCCCAUCGGUGAUUCACCGACCUCUUAUCGAUCGGUAAGAUCCGAUCUCUGCAGAGGACUUCUUGAUUUCGUCUUUUCGUUGUUGUGAUUGGUGGUAGCGUAACAUUGCUACAAGUUUUGUUGUUGAAUUCUUCUCGGAUGAAGUAAUUUUAGCUUAAUUUCUUGAAUUUUGAUUCAUCCCUUCCCUCUUUACUAAUAUUCGAGUUUUUCUUUUCUUUUUCCUUCUAUAUUAUUUAUUUACUUAUUCAUUUAUACUUUUGUUGUUAUUGUUAUUAAUAAUAAUAAUAAUUUUGUAUUGUUGGUCACGACCGCUUAUAUUAUCACUCGUUCAUUUUGUUAUUAUUUUAAUCAAUAUUUAUCCUCCAUUCAUAAUCAUUUUCGCUACUAAAAUAAUGAUGGACGUUAUUAGAUAUAUGUAGGUAACAAUUUCUUAUCUUCUAAAAGAUACUUGCAAAAAUACGAAAAAAAGGGACGACUCUUUCAAUAUAAACACCCAUGCAGUAUAAUGUCCCCCCACCUGCCCACCCACCCAAAUAUAAGAGAACAUAUAAAUAGGGCUAAUGGUAUUAUAGUUAAUUUUUUUAAUUUAAAUUUUAUUGAUCCUUGAUAGAGUCAUUUAUUCAUCGUAAACAUUAGCUUGGUAACGAUGGACCAGACUUAUUUAACAAAUGUUGAGGGUUUCAAAUCUCAUCUAAUAUAUUUUUCAAAAUAUUAUUUAGUAAUUGAUAAUAAUUUUAACAGUUCUAUAUUCGUCACUUACCUUUUAAAAUAUAUAUAUAUAUAAAAAAAAACUGGUAAGUCGAAAAAAGGGUUCAUAUGGCCGCAUUUAAACGUAUGGCUCAGAUCAAGCUAGCGUUCCAAUCCCGCCCCUUCUCCCGGCCCGAUCACGUGCACCGCGGUGAGCUAAGACGGAGUUUUUAGUAGCAACGGAUCCGCUCCUCAGUAUCGGAUUUGUCCACUCGCGACUGACUGAAGCAAUCCCGGACGAUUCCUCCUGUCUUCUACUCUCUCUCUCAGACACAGGACAGUCCCCUUGCAAUCAUGGCUCCUCUCCCUUCUUGUCCCGCCCAGCUGGGAAUCACCACCCCCGCCCCCCCUCCUCAAUUGCUUUCUUCUGCUCUCAUAAUUGCGCUACCCUCUAUUCUGUUCCGCCGUCACUCCCCAACCUUUCUUCUUUGUGGCCCGAGCUCUACAUUGCUGCGCCACCGCCGAAGCUCGAUGGCCCUGCAUCGUUCUAAGCCGCCAUUGCUCAUUAUUCUCCUCCUCCUCAUCGCCCUGGUGGUCCCUUCCGCUGCCACAUCUGCUGCCCUGGUCGGCGUCAACUACGGACGGGUGGGCGACAACCUGCCCCCGUCCGAGACCGUGCCCCGCCUCCUGGCCUCCAUCGGCGUCGGCCGCGUCCGCCUCUACGACGCCGACACCGCCGUCCUCCGCGCGUUCGCCAACACCGGCGUCGAGCUCGUCGUCGGCAUGCCCGACCGCUGCCUCCCACCCGUGGCCGCUGACCCGGCCGAGGCUCUUGCCUGGGCCCGCGCCCACGUUCAGGCCUUCGUCCCCGCCGUCAAGAUCGUGGCAGUCACCGUCGGCAACGAGGUCCUCACCGGCGCCAACGCCUCCGGCCUCGCCCACUGCAUCGUCCCGGCCAUGGAGAACCUCCACGGCGCCCUCGCGUCCCUCGGCCUCGACCGCGAUGUCGCCGUCACCUCGGCCCACUCCCUUGCGGUCCUCGCCACGCCUUCCUAUCCGCCCUCCGGCGCGGUCUUCCGCCCGGACCUCCUCCCCUACGUUCGCCCCCUCCUCGCCUUCCACGGCCGCACUGGCUCCCCCUUCUUCGUCAACGCCUACCCCUACUUCGCCUACGUGAGCGAUCCAUCCGGCGUCGCACUCGAGUACGCCCUCCUCGACCAGGGGUCUGCCGCCUUCACCGACCCGGCCACUGGCCUCCGCUACGGCAACCUGCUCCACGCUCAGGUCGACGCCGUGUACCACGCCAUCGCGGCCGCAGCGUCGCCUUCCUCGAAGGGUGGCGGGGUUGAGGUGCGGGUGUCGGAGACGGGGUGGCCGUCCGCGGGCGACGCCAACGAGACGGGGGCGACGCCUGAGAACGCGGCGCGGUACAACGGCAACCUGAUGCGGCUGGUGGCGGGGCAGAAGGGGACGCCGCUGGUCCCCGGGACGCCGAUCCGGGCCUACGUCUUCGCCCUCUUCAACGAGAACCAGAAGGCGGGACCGUCCUCCGAGCGCAACUACGGCCUCUUCAAGCCUGACGGCACCCCGGCCUACCAGCUCGUCGGUGUCUCGAUGCACCAGGGUAGCAAUUCCACCUCCACCUCCACCUCCACCGAUGGUAUCGGCGGCAACGGCGACGGCGACGGCGAGGCCUCGACAACAGGGCCGGACGGGGAGUCCGGGUUCUUCAGCAUCUCCGCCGCGUCACCGGAUUGGCAGUGCCGGGCGGCGACAUCGGCGGCUAUCGCAGGAGCAAGUGUGUUCUUGAAAUUACUCUGAGAGAUCGACAAUAAUCAUUUCCUUUGUUUCUUUCAGAGUGCAACCGAGAACAGUCAGUGGUUGUCUUGGUGUUUGUGCA